GCCUGCGAUUGUCGGCGAGCAGCACCGGCGAGUGCCCCACGGCGCGCGCGCGCGCGCGCCAAUCGAGGCCGAGCAUCGACGAGCCUGACCUAGAAAAAGUUGCGAAUCCGCUGAGUAUCACAUACGCCGUGCAUAAUGUUGUGUCUGUGAUGAUUACGACCACUGAGCGCAACUUGGCGCGUUGUUGUUCGGUGCCCAACGACCAAACACGAAUUCUCGUCUGAUUUAACGCAAGCGGCGCGACCAGCGCGCGGGUCCGAGGCGAUGCGAGUCUUACCGACCUAGCAAUUGUCGAUCCUGCGCGUUGCGUAUGACAUGGCGCCUCGGCCGCCACUAAUCACGGACGCACGUCGUUGAGUUGCUUCUAUUUCCAUCUCACGUCUGCGCAAUGUGCCGGUGAUACGCGCUGCGGUAGCAUUGCACUUUACACGCGGUUUUUGUUCGCGUACAACUAUGGUUCAACUCGUGCACCGCAGCCGUGCGCUGGCGUGUUGUGAUCCGAUUAUCCGGAGCGGGAUUCGUCGAUAAUUCGCCAACGAACGGCCCGCGCAAACUGCGACUUCCGCGAUGCGAGUGUUUACGGUGUGAUGGAAUCGUGUUGGAUGAUAGGGAGUGAUGCAUAGAAGUAGCACGGGCAAGCGAGGAAUGGCUGACUGCAACUUGGAUAUUCCAGCGGACAAGCUGUGUAAGUACGCCUACAUGAGCUGGUGCCCCACGUGCGACCGCGACUCAUCACGGCGCCGCACAAAGAGCGAAACCUACGAUAGCUGCCGCAAGAAACCCCGGGAAAUGAAAACAUACACGCCGAAGAAGUACGACCGCCGGUGCGAGUAUGAAAACGACCUGGAGCUGGACGUGCCGGACGUACGCUACGAUCGCGUCCGCAGCAACUUGUGCGAAUUGCCGACAACAUACAUCAGCAAUAAUUGUCAGUUCAAUCUGCCACACGGGAAAUUACUCACCACGCCAGAUUAUCUCGACGGAAAAAUCCAGCGCGAGUAUUCAAAUGGAUACGUACUCAGCCGCGACUACAGUCCGCCGACGGAGCGGCUCAUCAAGCGUCCACCAGUCACCCCACAAAAGCGUACCGGACAAACCCAGGUGGAGGCGUUGUCUCCGCAUGGGUCUCCUGGUCGGUACAACACCGUACUCUCACCGCAAAACCGUAACUAUUUCAGCACGCAGCGCGUGCCGGAGACGCACACGCCGAAGCACGAGACAUGCACCUUCUUCGACAUGAACUUCGAUACGAAUUUGGUGCGAGAGCGCUAUUCGCGUGAGCUGGAUGUCCUCCGCGAGAAACUGCGCGAUUUACACAAUAAAAAGUAUGCCGGGUUGGUACCGCCGACAAAGAUUAAAAAUCUUGAUCGGUCGUCACGUCGCCACACAACCAAUGUUAAUCUGGAAGAUAUUCGGGUGAUAGAGGAUGUGCCCGAGCCGAAGAUCGACGGCAUGGACAAGUAUCGAAGUGUGCCUGCUACUUCCACAGAUCUGCGCCGGCCGAUACGCUCGCGGGAACAGAAACAGUCUUCCAGUAAAAUUUCGAUUAAAGCGAGCAAAUCGCGUUAUAAUACCGGCCGCACUCCGAAACUGAAACUGCGCACGUUUAAACUUAAUUCUGUAUUGAUGGAAGAUGCUAGUACAACUGAAAGCGAAUUAGAAGAAUUAUUGUAUCCGAAUAAGAAACGCACUCCGAAACCAGCCACGUCCGGAUGCACCAUACCUGGAGUGAACACCAGCGACCUACCGACGUGGCCGCUGCGAAAAAGUCUUUUCCCGCACAUUCCGCCCUACCUGAUGUUCUGCAUGCACGAUGCUGCCGCCAACAAGCUGCCACCAGGCAAACGCUUCCUCAAGUGGAAGCUGAGUACGAUUACGCCAAUCGUUGUACGGAAGACACUCCUCAAUACCGGAUUCCGGCUUGUACGAAAUACCGAUGAUUUCGACAUCGAUAUAAAACCUAGAACAUCGCACCUCUGUUUCGGCAACCCGAGCAAAUUCACAAUGCUGCGAAACUAUUACAAUGUGCAAUUCCCAAUUGCGCGCACUCUUCCAGAGUCUAACGAUUGGAUGGGCACGUGGGGCAAACACAUGAAGUCCCCGAUGUUCAAGACGUUGAAGAACGCGCAGAAACUCAACCAUUUCGCGGGCACUUUUCAAUUGGGUCGGAAGGAUCGACUGUGGAGGAAUGUACAACGAUUAAUGCAUCGAUUUGGUGCCAAAGAGUUUGGUUUUAUCCCGCAAACAUUUAUACUGCCAAAUGAUAUAAAAUCAUUGAAAAAGUGCUGGGAGUGCAAGGAUGGCAGCGCCGGUGAGAAGUGGAUCAUCAAGCCGCCAGCGUCCGCCCGCGGAGUGGGCAUUAAGGUGAUAAACAAGUGGUCGCAGCUGCCGAAACAAACCUCGAUCGUAGUGCAAAAAUACAUUGCCGAUCCGUACCUCAUCAACGGCAGCAAAUUCGACCUGAGGCUGUACGUCCUUGUGACGAGCUUUAAUCCCCUAAGAAUCUACCUGUAUCCGGAAGGAUUGGUUCGAUUCGCGAGUGUAAAAUAUAGUGAUAACGAUAAGGAUCUCAAAGAUCGCUUCAUGCAUUUGACCAACUAUAGUAUUAACAAAUUGUCCAGCCAAUACACUGCCAACGAAGACGCGAACGCCUGCCAGGGCCACAAAUGGACGCUGACGAAACUCUGGGAAUAUCUGCGUGAACGCCGCGUGGAUACAAAGUUUCUCUGGGAGUCACUCAAGGAGCUUGUGAUUAAAACGAUGCUCAGUGGUGAGUCGCCCAUUACGCAGAUGUGCUCCGAAAACGUCGGCAAUCGUUACAAUUGCUACGAACUUUUCGGCGUCGAUGUUUUAUUCGACGAGCGGUUAAAACCCUGGCUGUUAGAGGUAAAUAUUUCACCGAGUCUGCACAGCUCCUCUCCGUUGGAUCUCCACGUGAAGGGACCAUUAGUACAAACGCUCUUCAACCUAGCUCAAUUUCACCUGCCGCCUAAAGUAACGCGCUGCGCCGAAGUGACGCCGCCUUGCUACGAUCCGCGCAUCUAUACAACGACGCUCACGCCGCAGGAGGCCAACAAACACAACUACUUCGUGCAGAUGGACCGCCGCGAUGAAUACAUCAACGAAAUACUCGAUGAGCUCACCGGCGACGACGUGCGCUUCCUCACGCAGGCCGAGGAUGAGCGCGAAGUUGAGGGAAGCUUCGAGCGCAUCUUCCCCACCGCCGAUACCUAUACGUUUUUAGAUUUUAUUCCUGUUAGGUACUACAACCGAUUAUUCGAUGCCUGGGAAAAUCGCUAUCAGUUCUGCCGCGACGAAGGCAUCGAUCGGCUGAAAGCGCUGUGUUCAAAACGUAUUCAUUUGAAAGUACAGCCACCGCCCGUAACGGAAAAGAGUUUUCCGAGUAUGAUCCAUGGUGUAGCACCGACCUUGACGAGCACGCCCGAAAAGCCGCCGCUCAUUGUGACGCCGGCGACGCUCGUCGAAAUGCCAAAUGCUCAGAAGACUGAAUCAGUUACUUCCGCCCACGAUGAAACCAAUUAGAAAAUUACAAUCCGAAGACAAUCAUCAUUCCCCGUCUUAUCGAUACGGCCGAACGCGUUAUCGGCCAACCGAACGGCGACGAAAUUCACUCAUGUGACGUACAUUUUUUCCAUGCAAAGUCAUGAAACGGAAACCUGUCCCAGAAAGGCUGUAAAAUUUUUCGUUAGAAAUUCACAACUAUGAUUUAAACGGCGAACCUAUGCGUACAACGACGGCCAGGACGGACGAUAAAUCCGCAACCAAAAAUCAAAGCAUCACUCCCAAUGUUCGCAUACAAACUUUUAUUCAUGCAUUAAAAUAUGUUCAAAGAUUGAUCCCAACAUACCAA